AUGAAGACGGCAGAUGAAGGUGGUGAGGAGAGCUUUGUUGAUCAAAUGUCAAACAAGUCGCAUGAUUCGAUCAUCUCGGAUAACCCCCACGACAUGGAAGAUUCUGCCUCGAAUCCAAGCUCGGUUGACCUACUUCGACACAAGGGAGAAGUUGGCAGCAGCAAUAGCAAAUACUCAAGCGUUGAAACAAUGCCGCUUUCGCCGCGUUUAUCCGACGCAAAGCUACUUUACAGAGGCACUUCGCCGCUAUCUUCACGGGGAGAUAACGAGUUUGUCAUGUAUUCGGAUUCGGAUGAUGGUGCAUCACAAAGUUCGCUCGAUUUGAGGAACGAGGAAGAGCCCAUGGGCUCCUCCUCUUCUCCUUCGUCUCCUUCUUCUCCUUCUUCGUCUUCUGCUGCUGCAGCUGCUUUUGCAAAGAGAAAUAUAAAUCAACAGUUGCGCAAAUGGGCACGAAGUUUGAGCUCCUCCGACGAUGAAGAAGAGGAGGAGAUGGAGGAGGAGGAGGAGGAAGCAGUUGAUGAGGAUGAUGAGGAUGAUGCAGGAGAAAUCAAUGUGUCGCAAAUAACCCCGACAAGUAGUUCAAAGACAAAGAAGGUUCCUCCAGAGAAAGAACUUGCAGCUCUAGAAACCCCCAAGAUGAAGACUGACCUUGCUGCAAAUGAAACUCCAAGACGCCGCAAAUCAUCUACACCAACUUCAAGAACUUCAUCAAGAAGAAGAAGAAGCAGGAAAAGUGAAAGUGAAAGCUUACCCGAGACUGAAGAUACCCCGAAAUUGAGGAAAUCAAGAAGAAAAUCAAAAGACACAAAGGAACCACGAGAAUUAAAAGAGGCAAGUGAAAAAUCACAUCGAUCGUUUGACAAGCCGGGAACAGGCUACACUUCUAUGCCUCCUUCCGGUAAAGUGUUUAGAAACUUGCUUAUAUUGGAAGAAAGCAUGAGAGAACAGGUGCGACAACAGCGCGCAAUGAGAAGGAAAUACUUGAUCUUUCUAUCGAUACUAUGCUCGAUAAUUGCCGCUUUAACUCAUCAUUUAUUUAUAUUGGAUGCCUCGGUAUCGUCAAGAGGCACUUUACGUUUAACUUUACAAUUCUUGCUAAUUUCCACAAUCAUGACGUUAUUGUUGUAUCAUCUUUCAGGUGAAUACCAAAAGACAAUUGUACUACCAAGAAAGUUCCUUUCAUCUACAAACAAAGGGUUGCGGCAGUUGAAUGUGAGACUCGUUAAAAUAAAAACCCCAUUUGCUGACAAGGUCACCGAUUUAAUCAGAGAAGUGUCUUUAUCAACCGUCAUUUAUUGUCUUUGGCUUUUCCAUUUGAUAUCCCCUUCAUCGAUUCAAAAUAGAAACUCCAAAAUCGAAGUGUUUUUAGUGACUUUCCAAUCGCAGUGCCAGCCGCGUAUCGGCAUUGCCGAUGUCAAAUUGUUGCUCAAUGCCAGAGUGUUCAACAUUGAUAUUAGAGAAGGUUGGGAGAUUUAUAGAAGCGAAUUCUGGAUCAACGAAGGUGUGCGAAGAAGAAACAACUUGUUGACAUUUAUCACGGGAUCAAAAUACGAAAAGAGCAAACUUGUCAAGAGAAGGAAACGGAAAUCAAGCUCGAUCCCGCCACAAUCAAUCCCAUCGAAACUCAGUGAACAGAAUUUGAUGAAACUAUCAGCUGGUUUUCAGGAUACAACCACCACCACCGCCACCGCCACCAACACGAGCGGUAAUGACGAAAGUUCAGGCGGAGGCUUCAGUAGAUCUGGAUCCCCGUUGAAAUACGAAGCUUCUAAUUCUUAG